AUGCCCAGCUAUCCAGAAAUUUUCCGCAUAUCCCGAGCCCUCCAGAGCGCCAACGCAGAACUCAGUAUCUUUUCCCGCGAGCUCGGUGAAACUGUUUCAAUAGCAUACCCAAUCAACAGAGUCACCGGGGAUCGUAUUCUUGCUCGCCAGCUCAAGGACUGGAUUAUCCGUCGAAGGGUUACCUGGGAGUGCUUUUGUGCUCUCGUGACAGAGCAACGCACUCCGCCACUGUGGCUUUUCCUUGAGGCUCGAGAAACUGCUGUUCUUGAGUCUAGAUAUACACAUAUUCUUACGCGUGUGUAUCAUAACCACCAUCAGCUGAUGGAUCUGCACAGUCUGGUAGUGCGAGUGCACCACGACCGAGUUGCAGCAAUGCCCGAUGGACACGCGGAGCUUUUUCCAUACUUCAAGGAUUAUUGCGGCACCCCAACAAGCUCAGCUCUGGUGCAUUCUCGGCGAGGUGGUGCCGUUCGUACUCCUCGUCAGUUCUCAGCUGUACGUAAUAUAUCACUACAACAUCGUCGCCCAUCCACCACUCUCAGGCUCCGCAGUGUUGCUGAUGAUGCGCACAUCGAGCUUGCAAGUCCGACGUCUUCGAUGGAGCAGGACGUAUUGCAUUCACUUGCAGAGGGCAGAGGGAUCACAUCCUACGAGCACAUUGGGCUGUUAGAGUUGUGUGGAAACUGUCAACAAAUGUUUGCAGCGAGUGCAUUGCGGGUGCACAUCUUAACUUGCCAAAAAGAUUGAAU